AUGUGGGCUUCGUUUGGAAUCUUUGCCAUCGCGGCAGCCUUUUCAGCUGCAGCAAGCAAUGGGGCCAACAGUCGUGUUCGCCAGAGACCGGAUGAGUUCUGGGACCGUAUAAUCAAGGGUAGCGAUGUCGUCGAUUCUAUGCACACAGCACGAGACCAGGAGGGCAGCGAGCUUGUAAACUUCAAUAUGCGUGCUAAAGCUGUCGAUCCUAGCAGCCUUGGAAUUGAUACCGUGAAGCAAUACAGCGGGUAUCUGGAUAACGAGGCAGAGGACAAACAUCUAUUCUACUGGUUCUUUGAAUCGAGAAAUGAUCCCUCAACUGAUCCCGUUGUGCUUUGGCUUAACGGAGGGCCAGGAUGCUCUUCUAUGAUUGGUCUCUUUGAUGAACUUGGCCCUUCCCGAGUCCUAUCCAAUCUUACCAUCGUUCACAACCCUCACGCCUGGAAUAACAACGCCUCUGUUAUUUUCAUCGAUCAACCUGUCAAUACAGGCUUCUCAUAUACCAAUAAGAACGAGACCACAAGCAGUCUCGCUGCAGCCUAUGAUCUCUACGCUCUGCUUACACUCUUCUUCACCGAGUUUCCCGAAUACUCUACCCAGGACUUCCACAUUGCCGGGGAGUCAUACGCAGGGCACUAUGUUCCCAGCAUCGGGCACAAAAUCGUUUCCGAGCCGGAUACAAUAAUCAAUUUGAAGAGCAUUCUAGUCGGCAACGGCUUGACCGACGCUCUGACACAAUACGCCUACUUCCGACCCAUGGGUUGCGGAGAGGGAGGCUACGACGCGGUGCUCUCUGAGCAAGCCUGCCAAGCCAUGGAGUCUAACUUGCCUCAGUGUCAGGAGAGUAUCCAGAAGUGUUACGAUGGGGGUUCCAGCGCUGCGUGCAGAAAUGCUUUCUCUCUUUGCAACGGUCUCUUUAUAUCGCCUUACUCGUCCACCGGCGCUGAUUUGUAUGAUGUGCGGCCGAACCAACCCGAGCUCGACUCCGGUAUAAACGAGUGGCUGAACAAACCAGAAGUCAUUGAAGCCCUAGGCGUUGAGGUGGACGGCUUUGAACAAUGUGAUGAUACGGUGUACCUGGAGUUCCUUUGGUCGGGGGACUGGAUGCAGCCAAUGCACCGCCUCAUUCCGGACAUCCUGGCCAAGAUCCCGGUGCUCAUCUACGCUGGGGAUGCAGACUACAUCUGCAACUGGCUCGGAAACCGGGCGUGGUACAAGGCGCUGGACUGGCCUGGGCACGAAGCCGUUAACAACGCCCAGGUCCAAGCUUUGUACGUCGGCGAUGAACACUAUGGCGAUCUAACGGUUGCGGACAAUUUCGCCUUUAUUCAAAUAUUCCAGGCAGGCCAUUAUGUGCCAACUCAUCAGCCGGUUGGUUCUUUAGAUAUGCUUAACAGGUGGGUUGGGGGAGAAUGGACAAGUUAA